AGAAGCAGGGAAUGGAAAGAGAGUUGAAACAUGGAAACCAUUCAAUAGGCCCAGUGUGUAUGAGCAGACCAUAGGGGCCCAGUGAAUUCCCCACAGAGCAUUCCAUCAUCAGACCCUGAGAGAAAGUCACAGUUAACUUGUUUUCUUUUUUUGGAAAGGAAGAGGAGUGCCUCUACAUGUGACAUCACAAGAAACUUGAAACCGUCAUUUUCAACAGCCCUCCCUCAUCACUGCCUGCUCCCACAUUUGCUCCCCUCUCCCCAACCUCUCCCUGAGACAGUCUGUGCUUCUCUGUGGGACUCCAAAAACGGGCCAGUGUUACUCUCCUCUCAGCCCAAACUACACCUCUGAUCCCAGGACUUCAGCACACAGAUCCCCCUGCUCUGCUUCAGAGAGUCAGCUGGACCUACUGCUGCCAGAGAUUUCAACUUCAAUACCCUUUUCUUUGGAAAAAAAAUCAUCUGAUGGAAUAAGUCAGUUUAUGUGCCUGUCCUAAGUAUGGAACUGCAGAAGCUAUCAAAUGGUAAUCACCACCAUGACGUGGCUGUGCCUGUGGAGGGAGGAGUUCCGCCAGAGGAAGAAAAAUUCCUUCAACACAGGAGUGAUGGAUCAAAGAGACCUCAGUUUAUAGAUUUUGAGGGUAAAACCUCCUUUGGGAUGUCUGUUUUCAACCUGAGCAAUGCCAUCAUGGGCAGCGGCAUUCUGGGUCUGUCGUACGCCAUGUCCAACACCGGCAUCAUCCUUUUCCUCUGACAAGACAUCUAGGUGCAGGCCCCCCGACGGCAGCGUGCCCCAACGCGCAUGGACUGCGAGGGCCCGUUCAUCGCUGCUUGCACCUUUAAUUUUCCUUGAAAUUGUUUGCUUGAUAAGUAAAUAACUAUGAGAAUUUACAUUUCUUUAGUUUCUUCUCAUCGCUCAGUGACAAAAAGUGAUAAACAGAAAGGUGAACGUUUUGGUGGUAAAGAGGAUUGUCUUUACGAAUUGCCUCUGAUUUUGUUUUUGCAGAGGUUAGUAGCUCAGUAUAAAUGACCCGGAUGAAGAUGACAAGCAACUCUAGCGAUUCAUAAAAACAUAUUGGUGAAAUGAACGAGUUUUGCGACCUGUUUUUUCUUCUUUUUUGCCCUGUAGGAUACAUAAAGGGAAAGCUCAGGAAAGCUGUACUGUCCUACGUAGGGAAAGUCGAGCCUGCACUAUCUGCGGAGUAGUGAGUAAAGGAUAGACUUGCAGGAUAUAUAUUAUUAAUGUAUAUUAUUCAUGUCCUGUUAUAUGGUUCCUCUGCAUAAAGGUAUUUGUAUAUAGGUACUGGUGGUCUCAAGCUAGGAUAGAGUA